GCACCUCUUUAAUACUAAAUGCAUAAAUACUAUGCACCUGCAAGAAACAGCAUAACACACAAGCUUCCCAAGCUUAGCAAGUCCAUGACAGCGUUAGCAAUACUCUAUAUCCUUGUUAGUAUCGUUGCAACCAGUGAGGCUAUCAGAAGAGAUGACUUCCCCAGUGGUUUCGUUUUCGGAACAGCUUCUUCAGCUUACCAGUUUGAAGGAGCUGCUGGUGAGGGGAACAGGGGAAAAAGUAUAUGGGAUACUUUCACAAGACGACCAGGGAGGAUUUUGGACUUCAGCAAUGCAGAUGUGGCAGUCGAUCAGUACCAUCGGUACAAGAGCGACGUGGAUUUGAUGAAGGGCAUGGGAAUGGAUGCCUACAGGUUCUCUAUCUCAUGGUCACGGAUCUUCCCAAAUGGAACAGGAGAACCUAAUCAAGAAGGAAUAAGCUACUAUAACAGACUCAUAGACACUCUACUACAAAAAGGAAUACAACCUUAUGUUACACUCUUCCACUGGGAUCUUCCACAAGCUCUAGAGGACCGAUACAACGGAUGGCUGAGCCAAGAGAUCAUACAAGAUUUCAAGCAUUACGCCUAUACUUGUUUCAAAGCAUUUGGAGAUAGAGUGAAGCAUUGGAUCACCUUCAACGAGCCUCAUGGAUUCUCAAUUCAAGGAUAUGACACAGGUCUGCAAGCUCCGGGAAGGUGUUCUAUUCUAAUACACAUGCUAUGUCGGAGAGGCAAGUCAUCAAUUGAACCAUAUAUUGUUGCUCACAACAUCCUAUUAUCUCACGCUGCUGCUUUUCAUACAUACAAGCUCAACUUCAAGGAAAAGCAAAAGGGUGUUAUUGGAAUUGCUCUUGAUUCCAAGUGGUAUGAACCUAUAUCUGGUGCUAAAGAAGACCUAGAUGCUGCUAAUAGAGCCAUGGAAUUCGAACUAGGAUGGUUCUUGAAUCCUCUUAUCUUUGGGGAUUAUCCUCUCUCCAUGAAGAAUCUUGUACGAAGCAGACUACCCAGAUUUACUAGUGAUGACUCUACGUCAUUGGCUGGUUCUUUGGAUUUUUUAGGCAUAAAUCACUACACCACAUUAUAUGCUCGGAAUGAUCGGACAAGAAUCAGGAAGCUGGUACUGAAUGAUGCAUUAGCUGAUGCACUUGUCAUCACGACAUCUUCUCGAAAUGGAGAGAGGAUUGGUGAAAGAGCUGCAUCAGGAUGGCUUCACAUUGUCCCAUGGGGUAUCCGCAAGUCAAUGAAUUAUAUCAAGGAAAACUAUGCGAACCCAUUGGUUAUAAUAACAGAGAAUGGCAUGGAUGAUCCAAAUUUCACUACCCUCGACAAAGCACUGAAGGAUGAUAAGCGGAUACGCUAUCAUGCUGACUACCUCUCAAACCUGCAAGCUGCUAUAUGGGAGGACGGUUGCAAUGUACAUGGCUACUUCGUGUGGUCGCUACUAGAUAAUUGGGAAUGGAACUCAGGGUUUACAGUUCGAUUUGGCCUCUACUAUGUCGACUACAAGAGCAACCUAACUAGGAUACCGAAAGCCUCAGUUCAGUGGUUCAAACACGUUCUAGAAAAGAAUGACACGCUUGCGCAGAAAGGAAUCACAUUUAAAGAUCAGAUUGGAUGACUUGUUAAUGUAGAUUCAACAAUUUACCAUCCCUUAUAUAUUUCUCUUGGUUCCAUUG